GUUUCCCUCUCAGCUCUCUCCGGUCUUUGCAACAGGGUUCUCAGCUCUCUCUCUCCCCUUCUCUCUCUCUCCCCCUCUCUCUCUCUCUCACGCAAAGUUGCAUCGGAGAUUUGUUAUUAAUUUAUACAUAUAAUUGUUUUAUAUAAUUAAAAGAGAGACUUUGUUUUCUUUUGGGUCAUUUAAGUCCAAAAGAGAGAGCAGGUCUUCUCUUUCACACCUUCAAAUUGCAGACCAAUGGGUAAUUUAGGGUUACACUGCUCAAACCCCAAGAAAGGUUGCAUUUUCCUUGUUGCUUUUGCGUCAGGUUUUUCCCACUUUUUGCACGGAAUUGGCCAAUUCAUGGCUAAUUUCCAUCUGGGUGUUUUUGAUUUCGGUCUUAUCCCUUGAGCUCACACUGCAGAUUUUGUGCUUCAAAAAGCCUCGGAUGAAUUGAAAAAAGUUUUGGUAGUUGAAGAUAUACCCAUCUGGGUGUUAGUACUAGCUUCUCUGGAAAUGAGUUUUUAGAUUUUUUUUUUUUUUUUUAACUUUCCAGGGACAGUUCGUGAUUUUUUGUUAUGUUUCUGCAUCUGGGUUUCUAGGGUUCUUGCUUGGGAAGUCGGGUGUUGUUGCCCAGUAUGGAGGUUGAAGAAGCUAACAAGGUUGCUGUGGAGAGUUGCCAUAGAGUUCUUAAUCGCCUGUGUCAUCCUCAUGACUUGGUUCAGUAUAGGACUCUGAUGGUGGAAACAGGGGAGGCUGUGUGCAAGUUCAAAAGGGUUGUUUCUCUUUUAGAUAAUAGUUCUGGUCAUGCAAGAGUGAGAAAACUGAAUAAGUUAAGUUCAUCUUUGCCCCAAAACAUCUUUCUAGACUACCCCAACUCUAAAACAAAUUCCUCACCCAAGCCUCUCCAGUUACUCCCUCCUAACUUCCUUGAAAUCUCAAAUCCUGAAGCAGACUCAAAGGCUAAGAGGUCUCUGCAAAUUACCCAAAACACGUUCCUUGAAACCCCAGCAUUAGAUAUUGGCUCAUCUGCCAAACAUCCUGUUCAAAUUGUCCAGCAAAAGCCAUCGCCACACUAUCAAUUUCUCCACCAACAGCACCACCACCACCACCACCAUCAGCAGCACAUACCGAGCCUCCAGUUUCAGCAGCAGCAGCAGAUGAAAUUUCAGGCUGAUAUGAUGUAUUCUAGAAGUAACAGCGGCAUAAACAUAAAGUUCGAUGGUUCUAGUUGCACACCCACCAUGUCAUCCACUAGAUCAUUUCUAUCUUCUCUGAGCAUGGAUGGUAGUGUGGCUAACCUGGAUGGAAAUUCUUUCCGUUUGAUCGGGGUUCCGCAGCCGUCCGAUUCGCACCAGCAAAGGAGAAGAUGCUCUGUUAGAGGAGAAGAUGGAAGUGUGAAAUGUGCUACCAGUGGUAAAUGCCACUGUUCAAAGAGGAGGAAAUCGAGGGUGAAGAGGUCUAUCAAGGUGCCUGCUAUCAGUAACAAGGUUGCAGAUAUUCCUCCAGAUGAAUAUUCAUGGAGGAAGUACGGGCAGAAGCCAAUCAAGGGUUCACCGCAUCCUAGGGGAUAUUAUAAAUGUAGCAGCAUGAGAGGCUGCCCAGCGAGAAAGCAUGUUGAGAGAUGCUUGGAAGACCCUUCGAUGCUUAUUGUCACCUAUGAAGGUGAGCAUAACCAUUCUAGGUUACUCUCAUCACAAUCUGCCCACACUUAGGACUUCACAAGAAUCUUCAUUUGACAUGACUUCAAAAGUCCACCUGCCUACUGUUCGGAUGCAACCAAGCCUGGUUCUGCGGUUGUGAAUGGCUCCUGUAUAUAAUAUAUGGAUCAAACCUGGAAUUAAAGAUUGGAGCAGAUCUGGGUAAAGUGAAUAGGUUUUUUUCAAUCUUGUAGUUUUUUGGGUUGGGCAGGUUUGAUUGUAGAGCCAGUCAAAAUAGCUCUUAUAUAGAAAAGGGUUAAAAAUUGUAUCUCCGUUCUUCCUUGAAAACCUAAAUUAUGUUUUUGUUUUUUAAAUCUUUUUGUAAUUUUAUUUUUUCUAAGUUUUUAUUUAAUUUUUGGUACUUUGACAUCUAUAGCAUGGCCUCCUAGACUUUAAUGA